UGACCCGGAUGUUGCGUUCGGGUCGGCGAUAGCCGGAGAUUGCCGAGCUCUUGGCGGAAAGUGCCGAACGCGCCGCCAUUUUGUUUGACCGGAGAGAAGCAGUGUUUUGGGUUGUUGUCGGAGGGCCGGUGCCGCCAGAGCGGCUUGAGGACGAGCACCAUGUUGCGACUUCCUGCUGUCCGCAAGGCCUUGACUGGUGUCACUUACUCUGCUCAGGGAUGUGUACGCACAACAGCUACUGCAGCCAGCAACCUGAUAGAGGUUUUUGUUGAUGGGCAUCCUGUGUUGGUACCUCCAGGAACCACAGUACUUCAGGCAUGUGAAAAGGUUGGAAUGCAGAUCCCCCGUUUUUGCUAUCAUGACCGAUUGUCUGUAGCUGGAAACUGCAGGAUGUGUCUUGUGGAGAUAGAGAAGGCCCCCAAGCCAGUAGCUGCUUGUGCCAUGCCAGUGAUGAAGGGCUGGAACAUUCUGACAAAUUCUGAGAAGUCCAGGAAAGCAAGAGAAGGUGUAAUGGAGUUCUUGUUGGCAAACCACCCAUUGGAUUGUCCCAUUUGUGAUCAGGGAGGGGAAUGUGACCUUCAGGACCAGUCAAUGAUGUUUGGCAGUGAUAGGAGCAGAUUCCUGGAAGGCAAACGUGCAGUUGAAGACAAGAACCUUGGCCCACUAGUGAAAACGAUAAUGACCCGGUGUAUACAGUGUACCCGGUGUAUCAGGUUUGCAAGUGAGAUUGCAGGGGUUGAUGAUCUGGGAACCACAGGCAGAGGAAAUGAGAUGCAAGUUGGGACUUACAUUGAAAAAAUGUUCAUGUCUGAAUUAUCAGGCAAUGUGAUUGAUAUUUGUCCAGUAGGUGCCCUUACUUCCAAGCCGUAUGCCUUUACUGCUCGACCUUGGGAGACAAGGAAAACUGAGUCCAUUGACGUUCUUGAUGCUGUAGGGAGUAACAUUGUGGUGAGCACUCGAACUGGAGAAGUCAUGAGAAUUUUGCCAAGAUUACAUGAGGAUAUCAAUGAAGAAUGGAUUUCUGAUAAGACAAGAUUUGCUUAUGAUGGUCUGAAACGACAGCGUCUUGUUCAGCCAAUGAUAAAGAAUGAAGAAGGACUAUUCACUUAUGUGUCUUGGGAAGAUGCCUUGAGCCAUGUGGCAGGAGUGGUAAGAACAUUUGCUUCUAACAGCAAACUUCCAGAGUAUCUUCAGAACUCUCCUUCAAAUUAG